AUGGAGGGACCACGCCAUCUCCUCCUCCUCCUCCUCCUCCUCUGCCUGCUCCCACCGCCGGCUGCCCUGGGCCCACCGCUGCAGCCAGAGGAACCCGGGGAGCUGCCGCCACCACCGCCCACCACUGCCGACCCCACCGCCCACCUGCUGCGAGGCCGCCCCUCGGCCCCGGCGCGGCCCUACAGCCUCUCGCUCUCCCCCGAGGACUAUCGCUACUCCCCCAAGCCCCGGCACCUGCGGCCGGGGCGGCUGCGCCGGCUGCUGGGCUCAGCCUUUGACCCCUUCUGGAUGGCAACCGAGGAGCCGCGGGGCCGCAACGGCAGCAGCGCCGAGGAGAACCUGGAGUCCCUCAGCCGGGACCUGGCGGAAGGCGCCGGGCGCUACCGCCGCAAGUUAUGGAGGGAAGCGGAGGGGCUGGAGCUGCCCACCCUGCUGCCCCCCAGCCCGCAGCUGCCCCCCGAGCUGCCCGGGGCCCUGGCCCGCCGCCUGCGGCAGUGGCUGGUGGAGCGGGCCACCUGCCGCCUCUCCUCCGCCUGGGUGGACCUGGGGGCCGUUUUCUGGCCCCGCUGGGUGCGGCACACGGCCUGCGAGAGCGGCCCCCCCGGCUGCUCCUGGCCCCCCGGCAUGGCCUGCCGCCCCGCGCAGGUGACGCACAUCAAGCUGCUGGCCUGGCACUGCUGGGCCCCCCAGCUCCCUGGGCCCCCGCACUGCGCCUGGCGGCAGAUCCCCUACCCCGUCGUGGCUGCCUACAGGUGCUCCUGCCGCUGA